CUCGCGUGGCUUUAUCUGGUCUCCAUAUAGGGAACCCGUUGCUUGCCACCCUCAGCUGAUAGCCGAUAUGACGUUCCCUGCCCCUCGGAAGAGGGGGUUACAGUUCUGUGAGCUGCUUUGACAUCAUUGACCAAUUUAUGUCCAGAUAAAAGAGCAGCAGCACGCGUAUGAUUUCCUGCGUUACAUAUUACUCUUUCAGGCGAGACCGUUGGAGCACUGGCCAUGGUGGAGAGAAACGCACAGACCGGCAGCCCUUCCCCGGAGUUUCGGUCGAGUCAUUCUAGCGCUUCUAGUACUGUCUUGCAUGAUGAUGUCGAAAAGCAACAUCUUGACCGUGAAGAGAAGGAUGGGAAGGACCCGAAUAUUGUUGAUUGGGAUGGUCCAGAUGAUCCGGAGUAUCCUCCCAAUUGGUCUAGAGUACGCAAAUGGAUGAUCACCAUCAUCCUCGGUCUGAUGACCGUAUCAGUCACAUUCGCCUCGUCUGUCUUCAGCACAGCCGCGGCAGUGACGGCUAAGCAAUUUGGGGUUUCGGAGGAAGUGAUGAUUCUGGGCACUAGCUUGUUUGUCCUGGGAUAUAGCUUUGGGCCGCUGGCGUUCGGCCCUCUGUCUGAACUAUACGGUCGCAAGACGCCCCUCUUCGUGGGCUUCUUCAUCUUCGCCAUCUUCCAGAUCCCGGUGGCAGUGGCUCAGAACCUGCAGACGAUCUUUGUUUGCCGGUUCUUCGGCGGGCUAUUCGCCAGUGCCCCACUAGCCAUCGUCGGCGGGAUGCUUGCCGACUUCUUUAACCCGGUUGAACGCGGCAUCGCCAUGGCUGUCUUUGCGGGGAGUACCUUUGUCGGCCCCGUAGCUGGGCCCAUCGUCGGUGGGUUCAUCACCAUGUCGUAUCUGGGCUGGCGCUGGACCGAGUACAUCACGGCCAUCAUGGCCUUCUUCUUUGGCACUGUCGGAUUCUUGAUGGUGCCCGAGACAUUCGGCCCGGUCCUGCUGCAACGCCGUGCGCGACGCCUCCGACACGAGACGCGCAACUGGGCGCUCCACGCACGCUCGGAAGAGGAGCCGAUCGACCUUAAAAACAUCGCGCAGCGAUACCUCGUGCGUCCGAUCCUAAUGCUUUUUUUCGAGCCCAUUUUGCUUUUGAUCACGUUGUAUAUGGGCUUCAUUUACGGGUUCCUGUAUCUGUGCUUCGAGGCCUACCCGAUUGCCUUCCAGGAGAUGCGCGGAUGGAACGAGGGUGUUGGUGCCUUGCCAUUUAUCGCAGUUACCUGUGGUGUAAUUGUAGGCUGUGGGAUAAUCAUUACCUUUACCAAGACCCGGUUCCAGGCUGUCUUGCGAAGGACUGGACAUAUUGUCCCCGAGGAGAGGUUGAUUCCCAUGAUGAUCGGCGGGGUGUUGUUACCGGCGGGCAUGUUUUGGUUUGGAUGGACUUCCAAUCCGGGGAUCUCUUGGGUGCCCCAGGCUAUUUCUGGUGGCUUUCUGGGGGCGGGCAUUUUGUUGAUUUUCAUGCAGGGCCUCAAUUAUAUCAUCGAUUGUUACGGCGUCAACUCCAACUCGGCCAUUGCAGCGAACUGCUUCUUCCGGUCCGCAUUGGGAGCAGGGUUCCCCAUGUUUGCGUUGCCCAUGUUCCAUAACCUGGGAGUUAAUUGGGCAAUGACUCUUCUGGGAUGCUUGACUGCGAUCUUGUUCCCAGUGCCGAUCUUGUUCUAUAUCUUCGGAAAGCGAAUUAGGUCGUGGAGUCGAUUUAGUCCGAGUGAGGAGUAAGCGGGGGCUUUUGAUUUUUUGAUUGUAUAGUAGGACUCAGGUUAAAGAAUUCUUGUACAUACAUAGGUAGCAGGAUCUUAUUGACACACAAAAUACGAGGUAUACGGGAUACGAUGGAACUCGAGGCACCUCUGAGAGGCGUGGAAAAGGUGAUAUUCAUGG